GAGACAGUUGGUUGCUCUGGUUUCUCCUGGCGGCGGCGUUAGCGACGAAGCUGCCUUUGGCAGCAUGAACCCGCUGUGAGGCGCAGGCUUCGCGGCGCGGGGGGCGGGGGGAAGAGGAGGACGCCUCAGCGAAGUUCUCCGCCAUGAACCUGAGGGGCCUCUUUCAGGACUUCAACCCGAGUAAAUUCCUCAUCUAUGCCUGUCUGCUGCUGUUCUCUGUGCUACUGGCCCUUCGUUUGGAUGGCAUCAUUCAAUGGAGCUACUGGGCUGUCUUUGCUCCAAUAUGGUUGUGGAAGUUAAUGGUCAUUGUUGGCGCAUCAGUUGGAACUGGAGUUUGGGCACGAAAUCCUCAGUAUCGAGCAGAAGGAGAAACAUGUGUGGAGUUUAAAGCCAUGUUAAUUGCUGUGGGCAUCCAUUUGCUCCUGCUGAUGUUUGAAGUUCUGGUCUGUGACAGGAUUGAGAGAGGAAGCCAUUUCUGGCUUCUGGUCUUCAUGCCAUUGUUCUUUGUUUCCCCAGUGUCUGUUGCAGCAUGUGUCUGGGGCUUUCGACAUGACAGGUCACUAGAGCUAGAAAUCCUGUGUUCGGUCAACAUUCUUCAGUUUAUAUUCAUUGCCUUAAGACUGGACAAGAUUAUCCACUGGCCCUGGCUUGUUGUGUGUGUCCCUCUGUGGAUUCUCAUGUCCUUCUUGUGCCUGGUGGUCCUCUAUUACAUCGUUUGGUCGGUUCUGUUCCUGCGCUCUAUGGACGUGAUUGCAGAACAACGCAGAACACAUAUAACCAUGGCACUGAGCUGGAUGACCAUUGUCGUGCCUCUUCUUACUUUUGAGAUCCUGCUGGUUCACAAACUGGAUGGCCACAAUGCUUUCUCCUGUAUUCCAAUAUUUGUUCCCCUGUGGCUCUCAUUGAUCACACUGAUGGCAACAACAUUUGGACAGAAAGGAGGAAACCACUGGUGGUUUGGUAUUCGCAAAGACUUCUGCCAGUUUCUGCUUGAAAUAUUCCCGUUUUUGAGAGAGUAUGGAAACAUUUCAUAUGAUCUCCACCAUGAAGAUAGUGAGGAAACAGAAGAAACCCCAGUUCCCGAACCUCCUAAAAUUGCACCUAUAUUUCGCAAGAAGGCCAGGGUAGUCAUCACCCAGAGCCCUGGCAAGUAUGUCCUUCCUCCACCCAAACUAAAUAUUGAAAUGCCAGACUAAAGGAUGCCACCAGGGCCGCCGGAGUGUGUGUGCACUGAGACACACACUCCUACUUCCCUUGCCCCCAACCUAGACCUGGAACCUCGGACCACCAUCUGAAGCCUCGUUUGCAUCCAGUGUCAACCAGCCACUCAUAACAGAACAUAGGUGGCAGGGACUAAGGGUAUCUUAUCAAUGUGGACGCCAGUGACACAUGAGCAAAGAACCUAUUUCUUUCUGUAUGGGUACCUGAAAUGUGUUCUCAUUCCUGUGAUACCCACCCAGGGAUGACUGCUGCCUAGGCCCACAGAAAGCACAUCUGUGGUCUGGGCAGAUUUUCUAGUGCUAAAAUUCCUAUCACAGUAUUGAGCGAUGUGGUUCUUCUGGGACCACUUCCAUCUGUGGCUCAGCUGUGCUGCUUAUGGGUAGCCAGUAGGGACUGUAAGUAGGUCUGUACACACCUGCUGUGUUCAGAUACAGCCCAGCCCUGCUUUCCUUGUCUCUGCUGUACAGAAAUUUAGCUUUAGCCAGGAUGACAGCAGGUUUGCAGGGCCUCAUCAGUGAGCCCUUCCCAAUGGCAUGAUUCCAUGCCUGUAUAGUAUUUAUACAGCUAUUUUAGCACUGUAAUAUACAGUGUCAAAUCCUAGUUCUGUACAGCAUAUUCUCUGUUAAAGUAUUUUUUUACAAGCUUGUGCUGGAGAUGGAUGGGUUAAGCCAUGGGAGAAGCAGAUAGCUCAAACUGCUGUAUCUCAGUCAGAUGCCCCAGCUCACUUACCAUGACCACUGACACCCUGGAAUUUCUGCCAGCACAGCUACUACAAUCGAGGAAAGCUCUGUGCUUUUCCAACAUGGGGUGUGGGAGAAAUGGCUUAAAAGCCCAAGAAAUGCCCCCUUGAGACCAGGACACUAGAGAAGGUUGCCAAGGCAGGCCAGAAUCAGCCAGGGACUCCUGCAAAGUCGAGAGCAUUCUGCCUACCUGCAAGAAGAACACUGCAUACUGGGCAUGCAGGUACCACCACCUGUCAGCAGUUUCUCCAGGCUCUGCUGGUAUAGCCAGCCCAGAACCCAUCAUACCAGAAAAUAAUCUUCAGUCUAAAUCAAAUGAUUCAUUUCCCAAUGGAAGUAAAGGGAGCCUUGAUCUUCCUGAUCAGGAGAUGCAAUGUGUUUUCAUGGUCACCUGAUCAGUGGCUUCAGUCACACAGAAAUGAAGUCUCUAACCCUAAUCCUACCCUUGGCACAGGCCUCCAGUGAGCCUGUUCUGUUUCAGAAGAAAGGGGAAACAGUGUAGCAUUUUUGUUUGGUCUCUUAAAAAUGUGGUUAAAUCCACUAUUUUUUGCUCCUGUAGUUCAAUAAAGUGGUUCAUUUUA